UGGCAACACUGUUUCUGUGCCGAUCUCAUGAACACGAAUGCAUUGCAGUCUGCAGUGUUGCGAUAGACUUCUCUGAACGUUCGACAUCAUGCUGAGACUUCUGCUGCUCUUGUGCUGGGCCGCGACAAUUGUGUCAGCUGGCAACCCAGAGAAUGUCAAUUCCAAUGACACAAGUAUUUCUAUCAACCGAACCAGCUACAAUGCAGCUGCAAAUCGCCAGUCAAUGCUUCAACCUGAAUCAAACGAAGAAAUAAAGAUGCAUUCGAUCUCUUCAAAAAAUGAGAACACACUAAAUAAUUCUAUAUCAAAUACGCUCAUUCCAUCAACUACGUCAACCACACCUUCGACGACUACAACAACUUCCUCAACUACAACAACUCUGCCACCUACAACCAAGUCAACAACAACUUCUACGCCUGCAUCUACCACAACUACUGUUCCUACAACGUCAACAACCCCCCUUCCUCCACCAAGUACUGGAAAAUGGAUAGUUAAAGAGAAUAAUACGAUAUGUAUUCUCAUUCAAAUGGCUGUACAAUUCAAUGUUUCAUAUACCACCGAUAAUGUGACAAUUUACAAAGUGAUGGACAUACCCAGCAAUGGUACUGUAACAGGAAAGUGUGAUAAAACUGAGCAAAAUCUGACAUUAUCAUGGGAAUCAGAGAAUAAGACCGCCCAGGAUAAUUUCACGAUUCAUUUCGUGAAGAACGAAACGGAGAAAUAUUACUCUCUUCAUCACUUUGAGAUCUCUUUAGCGGCCGAAGAAUUUCCGAAUGAUAAAUCAAAUAAGACGGUGACUGUAGUACAUGUGACACCACAAUUCAAAACUGGAUUAAGCAACUCUUAUAAAUGUAUCAAGGAACAGCAGCUGGAUUUAACCCUCAAGGGUAAUAAUGCAACUGUAGGGUUUUUGAAAGUAACCAAUUUACAGUUCCAAGCUUUCCGAGGUGAUAAUACUACUAUUUUUGGUCUAGCUAAAGACUGUUCGUUUGAUACGCCUGACAUUGUUCCCAUAACUGUGGGUUGCGCAUUGGCGGGUUUGGUGGUAAUCGUAUUGAUCGCAUAUCUCGUUGGCCGCAGACGAAGUCAGGCUCGCGGUUAUCUUAGUAUGUAAGCUGAGUUCCGUGAGGUUUCUUUCCUUCUUUUUUCCCCCCCCUUUUUUUUAAAUCGUUAAACUGAUAUUUUUUAUGCGAUUCUCUGUCUUAACAGAGUCUUAUAUCGAAGGUCUUAUCGGAAAUCUGUAUAGAGAGAGAAGUUGUGUACUUUGUGUUCUAUAGCCACAAAGGCUGUGACACAUGUUAAGAAGAAAAAAAAUAUAGUUUAUACGUUUGUAAAGUUAUCGCGUCCGCAUGCGGCAAUAUUAGAAAAAAAAAAGAUACGUAUCGCAAGGCGGUUUAAAACGAUACAGGGUGAAUGAUAAUUUCGAAGCAGCGUGCUCCGUUUCGCAAGGGCAAAUACUCUCUAAUAAAUAUGAAUUGACGUAGUUAAAUCGCGAGAUCUGCAUCAUAUCUAUGCUGUUCUACUUUUGACUGGCAGCGAGGAUAGUUUAAUUUUUCAUAAAUAUUAUAAUACAGAAUGAGAA